AUUUAUGUCAGUAGUGUUGUCGACACAGUAGACUUCAGACAUCGAGCUGUGCAGUGUGCUGUGUGUAAAUUCAUACCCAGCGAUUGGUAACAGUGUCGAGUGUUAUUAUUCGUAUUCAAUGUUCAUUACAUUGACCAGCUGACUGGCUGGAAUAUUAUCAGUUACGCUCAUGCUGUUGUGAUCAAAACAUUGUUCGCGUGAUUGACUCUUAGUGAUAUUUGGUCGAGUCUGCCUGAGGUGCUAAAAUGGUCAAAAAGGAGCUCAGGCCGACAACCGCUACUUUAAUCAAGCCAACUAUACUGGACACCAAGUUAUUGGGCAUUUUCGACAUGACCACCGUUUCCAGAGAGCAUUUAGUCGCUAUUAAAAACUUAGUCCAUACCACUCCGAGAUGCAAGUGCCGUACGAUGACCAAAUCACAUUCGGUGGAAUGCGAUCAAAAAUGCCAAACUGCACAGAAUCAAGAAAAAAUCCAAAAAAUGUACAAAGUUCUCAAUAAAACGUACCGGAUACGGACAAACGUACGACAAAAGCUGCAUAAUUUAGCCGAAGCGUCGGAAAUAAUCGAAAGACCAGUCAUCGUGCCUGCUCCUUGUUCCACGUGUGGCAGAUCAGAUCAGCCGGAAAGAUUCCACAGCCAUCCGAGUCGAGCAGAAAAUCAAAGAAAAUGUAUCAAAAGUAGUAUCGAGGAAAAGAAAACUGUUCAAAAACCCGUAGCGAUGAAAUUUCGAAGCGCUAAAACGAAAUUGGAGGAGGAGAAGGAUAAAGAGACGAGCAAAAACUCGCCCUCGAAUUCGAAACUAAAAGUCAAUCAGUCGUCUAAACUUCACGAUUCAAACUCGGUGACGAAAAAAUUGGCGGAAGUGGCGCCGCAGCCACCGCCUCCUUCGAGUGAUAAGGAAAAUACGCCUAAGAGGAAGUUGAAAAUACCGACUAGGUGGAGAGAAGCUUUCAAGAAAACCGUGCAACAGAAGAAAGCACCCAGUCAAGAUGAAAAAUUCAAGCCUAAAGAAGAAAUUAAUAAAGACGCGUCUGAAGGUGGCUACAAAUUAGACAGCUGGAAUCCGGCUCCGGUGUCUGGAGGACGAAAACGUAAAGUCGUCUGUUAUCUGUGCUCCCAAGAAUUUGGUACCGCUAUUUUACCUGCUCAUGAAGCUAUGUGCAUUCAAAAAUAUUUGAAACAAAAUAAUGAGUCGUCUAAUACGAACAAUGUGAAUGAGCCAAACUCGAAUCUUGCAAGAUCUCCUAAUAUGAGUGAUGAUUGGAAACUAGCCUGGGAAAUUACCCAGGCUUCCCUAGUUCCUUGCGAUUAUUGCGAACGUAAAUUUCUUCCAGCUCGGUUAGAAGCUCAUCAACGAAUAUGUGCAUCAAAAUCCACCAAAGAACCUAUUAAAAACAAGGUGACCAAUGUUGGUAUUUCAAAUCAACCUGGUAUAUUGUGUGAACAUUGUGGCAAACGCUAUGGGAGUAAUUCGAUCACUAUACAUAAAGAACAAUGUAUCAAGAAGCAUAGAAAUUCGGCCAAUGAUGAAACAAACACAUCCAGACAGGACAAUAAUAAGGAAAACUCUGCAACUCGCAAAACAUCAGCACCGCUUACGGUGAUAUGUAACAUAUGCGGUAGAAAUUUUGGGACGAAGUCUAUCGCAUUCCACGAGCCUCAAUGUUUAAAAAAAUGGAAAUUGGAAAAUGAAAAAUUACCCGCGCAACUUCAAAAAUCACCCAUCUUCAAAUCAAACGUUUACGAUUCAGAGUAUAAUUUUGAAAACGGAACUCAAGACGAGUUAUUCUGGAAAGCUCAUCAAGCUCAGUUAGUCCCAUGUCCGAAAUGUUUUCGUACCUUUUAUCCUGACAGACUGGAGAUUCAUCUGAGAGGUUGUAAAGGUUCUCCGAAGAAAAAGAAAUGAUGCUUCCAUUUCGCAUUUUUGCAUUUCCAGAUUUCCUCCAUUUCUUCUGAAUAGGUAUAACUAUACCUAUCUUUACACAUUUAUGUUCGCAUUUUAAAUUUAAAAUCUCUUCGUAAAGAUUUGUGUGUAUUUACUUACCAUUUUGUACGUUACAACUUUCUUAUCACAUUUAUAUUUAUGGUAUAAUUUAUAAAAUAAUGAGUUGUGAAAAUUUUGUAUAGGUAAAAAUGUAAUAACGUCUGUAUUUGUAAAUAUUAGAAUAAAUAAAAAU